UUAUAUUUGUGGGUUCGGUGUUUAUUGGUUCCAGCUGGGUAACUCCUGAAUCUCUUUUCAACUCGAGCCUGAAAGACCCCAUGACUCUUUCGUAUGGAGAAGUGUCGACAGUCCUUCUCUUAUAGAUGCUGCCUGGCCUGCUGGGUUCCACCAGCAUUUUGUGCGUUGUUUGAAUUUGCCGCAUCUACAGAUUUCCUCGUGAUGGCUCUUUCAUAUUAUAACUUUAUAAAAUUGCAGACUAGACGCUGGUCAAAGUUUGAGAAGAACCGUUUUCCAUAACCUGAUAACGUUCACACAGUGACCGACCGCGGGCAGAAGCUGAGGGUCAGUUUUAUUCGGUUCCGUUACGGGUUGAAAGAAAUUAGAGAACUGACUUCCCAGACACUCCAAUAUCAACUACACUUAAAUCAAAUAUGCCUGGUUUCAGUAACAGAGGGUAACCGAUCUGCAAUUAUUUAACUGGAAAUUAAAUUUGAACAAUAGGUUUAUUUUUGGCGGGCUUUUUUCCAGAUUUCAGUACAUUUUGGGGAGGAGACGGUUAUUUUCCGCGCUUCUACUUUUACGGACUGCUGAUUGGUGAUUAAGGCAGUUCUUCGAUUGGGACAUUUGUCUUCACCAAUGAGAAUAAGGACGAUCACACCAAUCACAAACAUCACUUUUCAUUCUCAAAGAGGCUAUAAAAAGGGCAAGUAGGGGCGGGGUGAACAUUCCUUCAUUCUCGCUGGAGUAGGACUGUGACUGUAGAAAUGUCUGGACGUGGAAAAGGCGGCGCUGGCAAAGCUCGGUCCAAGGCCAAAUCUCGUUCGUCUCGGGCUGGACUGCAGUUCCCGGUCGGCCGGGUUCACAGACUCCUAAGAAAGGGCAACUAUGCUGAGCGGGUGGGUGCCGGAGCCCCGGUCUAUCUGGCUGCUGUGCUCGAGUAUCUGACGGCCGAAAUCCUCGAAUUGGCCGGCAACGCGGCCCGGGACAAUAAGAAGACCCGCAUCAUCCCCCGACACCUGCAGCUGGCCGUCCGCAACGACGAGGAGCUGAACAAGCUGCUGGGAGGGGUGACUAUCGCUCAGGGCGGUGUGUUACCCAAUAUCCAGGCUGUCCUGUUGCCCAAGAAAACCGGCGCUGCCAGUAAGUGAAGCGACGUAAGCUGAAUCUAUUUCUCCAAAGGCUCUUUUCAGAGCCACUCACAAUGGCUCUGGAAGGGCUGAGCGGCGGGUUCUAUCCGUCCUUUUGAUAUCCUGCAUCUGUCAGUGCCUCGACAUGUUUCUUCCGCGAAAGAAACCGGAAUAAAUCUGCACAGAAACCGGUUCGUUUCAGUCCCGGCUCGUUUUCCCCUCUCAGCAGACCGAAUGAGCUCUCUCCCCUUGCAGAGAGUCAGCGGGUUCAUGAAAUGAACUUCCGGAGUCAGCCCCGGGAGGGAGAAUUUAAUCUCCGAUCACUGAACGACUCCGCUCUUCAUCACCUAGAACCGCGUUGUCUGGGUUCCACAUUACGGGUUGACUCCGGACCGUUCCGGUGUGCAGAAGGAGGGAACAUUGCCUGUUCGUUGCUUCAUGAGCGAUUCCCAUCGCCUCACAGAAAAAUAACAUUUGCGUUUUACAUUUCAGAAUCAAGUUUAUUAUCACCGGCAUGUGACGUGAAAUUUGUUAACUCAGCCGCAGCAGUUCAAUGUCAUACAUAAUCUAGAAGAUAAUUAUAAAAUUAUUAAUUAAAAUAAAACAUAAUAAAGAAACAAGUAAAUCAGUUACGUAUAUUGACUGUUAUUUAAAAAAAACGUAAAAAAAACAAAUACCGUACAUUAAAAAAGUGAGGUAGUGUCCAUAGUUUUAAUGUCCAUUUAGGAAUCGGAUGG